AUGUCUCACAGACCGCCCGGAGACCUAACAGUGCCCGACAUCAACACACAGGAAGUCUGCAUGCAGUUGCAGAUCCGUUACGCCUGUGGUCACUCGACAGGCGGCGAGUUCAUCAAAUGUCCACGGCACAUGAAGAAAGAGGAUGAACGCUGUGUUGGCCGUCAAAUAAAACACAUCGAUGUCAAGAAUUCGCCACACAAGUGUCGCUUAUGUCUGCGAAGUGAAUGA